AUAAACUCAAAAUAGAAAAGAUAGUGUAUGUAAACGGAAGUUCAUGAUUUCGUGGCCCUACACGUCAAUUCAAAAAUGUGAACCAAUUGUGAUUCAAGUUUUAUAUCGAUAAGCGUACCAGGAGGAACAAACAACAAAAGUCAUAAAAUGUUUCGGUAGCGUGCGGCUCCUUUCCUGCUUUCGGAAGCAAGGUAUCACCUGUUCAUCACGGGCGCAGCAUCACCUGCUUCGUUCUUGAACAAGGCCACGAAGAGCCGCAGCCUGCAAGAGCAAAAUGCUAGGAGGCGUUGGGACGUACACGCAGAACCAGUGGUCCUGGUUCGGCGGGCGGGAUGUCACUGAGGGCGAGGAGCAUGUGGACCAGGAUGACAACCGAGUCUUGGCGGACGCGCGGUUUCGGGACCGCAUGACCUGGUUUCUCAAAAAAUGCACGGAUUUGACCGGAGGCUACAAAUACAAGGAGCAGCUGGAGCGGAAUAUCUGUACAUUCACAGUUUGUUUAUUAAAACAAAAGUGGCGGGCGGCUCUCGCUCUUGUUGUAUUUGUAGUUGUACGUUAUUGGUCGUCGUCACACUCACACAAUGACAACGAUGAGCUAAUCAAAAUUCUGAAAACAGACGCGGGCGAGGCGAAGAUGCUUUUAAACAUGGACGAUUUCUACCAGUUUGCGAAAACGAUAUCCUGUGCAAAAGUAUCGUAGUCGUGCUAAUUGCAAAUAUGCAUGACAAAUCUCCUUCCUAAUGUAAAACAGCAUUACAAAUUCCACUUUUCUUCUUGCCAAAAUUUGUGAUGCAAUUUAUAAUAUACUAGUGCAAUUGCGAUACUUUUGCAAUGCAUAAACGACGGACGAUGACAAGAUGGAGAUGGAAUUGAACAUGGUCAAGGACAGCAUCAUUCUGCGACCGUCGCAAUUUAUUCCAAUCAUGGAAAGAUGCUGCAAGGACUUUUACGACGAGGAAAUGAAGUGUACGCGUUUGUUUGUUUUUGAGCUCGUACUUCAGCGUUCAAAGCGAUUGUCCUCUUCUACAUGCAGCUAGCCGCGUCGUUCUUGAAUUAGGAUUCUACGGAAAACAAAGAGUAUGUUUUUCUUUCGUUUCUUUCUACAUUGUCGAACCUCGUCCCUAACCCACCAGCGCUCCACGGCGGCUUGACAGAGGAGCAGCGGCAGCAACUACCCCACCUGGAGAAACUGCCUAGUUCGGACCACCUGCAGGUGCAGUUGACCUGCAACGUGGUGGAGGACGACGAGGUAUCCUGUGCAAAAGUAUCGCAUUCGUAGUAAUUGCAGUCAUGCAUUACAAAUCUAUUUGUUAAGUCAAAGCCGCAUUACAAGUUUCAUUUUUCAUGCUGAGGGAAUUUGUCAUGCGAUUUCCACUAGUACGAUGCUUUUGCAUUUCAUACGAGGACAGUAACCAGCUGAAGUCCUCCGGUAUGCCGCUGCGGAAAAUACGGAAACUUUUAGCUGAAGAAGUGGAGAGCCUGGUCAUGGUGUCCGGAAUUGUGGUGCAGUGCAAGUCGAAGCGGCACAAAGCAAAAAAGAUGACGAUCCGCUGCAAGAGCUGCGGCUUCACGACCGCAAAAGAAGUAAGACCUGGCCUGCACGGCAUCCAGCUUCCCAAGAAAUGCACCAGUAUUUUGUUUUGAGGACUCCUUUCUUGAUCAACACCAACAUCUUCUCGCUGUUCUUCAUUUUGGUGUCGUUGGAUCAGCAUCGUGUUAACCCUUGUAUUUCUGCAUGCUGCACCAGCACGACACGACUUGUUCUUAAGCAGUUACAGUAGUCGUGAACAUGAUGGUGAUGAAAUUGUAAAGUGAAAUCCACACUCGCUCCUACCAGAUCGCGAGAACCUUCCUGCGGACCAGAUGGGUCAGGCCGGCGAGAACGCGGUCGGUCAGGAGCAGGAGAAGUGCGAUCCCAAUCCUUUUCUCGUCGUCCCUGACGAGUGCACAUACUGGGACAUGCAGGAGAUAAAGCUCCAGGAGCUCCCGGAGGACGUCCCGCUCGGAGAUAUGCCCCGGUCCAUCAACUGCAUCAUGAACCGCAGCAUGGUCGACGCACUGCAGCCGGGGAACCGCGUCGCCAUCAUUGGCGUACCAGUAAACCAAGACGCGAGCACCAAGAAGGACAACGGCAAAGCGGGGAAAACGAUCCACCUGUCGUACCUGCAGGCAAUUGGCUUUGUGAAGGGCGGAAAUUUGCGAAUAGGUAAUAUUCUUCCUAUAGAACCACAAAGAGCUUUCUAAUAGAUACUCGUUGUGAUUGAUGACGACUCUGCAUGCACCAUUGAUUUUUCUUCGAUUUCGCACUCCUCGACGAUGAAAGAAGAUAACCUGCUUGUUGUUUUUCCUGCUACAUACAGGGCCAAAAGUCUCGGUCGCGGAAGAGGAAAAAUUCAAACAGUGGGCCCGCGAGGGCGUGUAUGCAAGAAAAAAACUGUGUAAGUGUAACUCUGUAAUGCAGAACAUACAACAGAGCUACACCCCUGUCAUGCCACAGCACAAACAUGAAGCCCUCUUUUGCUUUUCAUGCGUGUUUUCCCUUAAUGCAAGCCGCGCAUGACAGGUUUUCUCUGUCAUGUAGAGCAAAUUUGUGAUGCUGUCAGCCGAAGAAAGUUACACUGACACAGUUUUUUUCUUGGAUAGCGUGGAACAAAACGGGAAGAUGAUUCCGAUAAUAGAGGCCGUCGCGAAAUCGGUCGCCCCCAGUAUUUGUGCGUCCGACAAAGAUAACAUCGACAUGGUGAAGCAAGCGGUGGGGUGCUUGCUCUUCGGCGGGGCAGCGAAAAAACUGCCGGAUCAGACCAAACUCAGGGGGGACAUUAAUGUCCUCCUGCUCGGAGACCCAAGUACGGCGAAGGUAAAAUAAAGGGCGCUAGUGGUGCUGUUUUUCUUUUAGUUGCGACACAAGGACAAGUGUAGUGCACCAGUGGAGAAAUUCAUAAACUUUCUCAUCCUGCGCAAUCUACUAUUGCAAUUUGUUAUUUUCCUGUACAUUUUUCUUCCUGCAGUCCACGAUCCAGUCGUGAGUCGUUGUCGUGCCGAAAUCUUGCAUACAUGAAAAUAAAACCCGUUCCACAUCUACAGUCCCAAUUUUUGAAAUUCGUCCACCGGUGCGCCCCGGUCUGCGUGUACACGUCUGGAAAAGGAUCGAGUGCGGCCGGGCUCACCGCGGCUAUUGUCAAGGCAGGGGACGGCGGCUUCGCGCUGGAGGGCGGUGCCAUGGUGCUGGCUGAUGGAGGUAUAAUGCUUCACUACCUUUGCCUUCGCAUCUCUCUGGUGUAGUUUCAGGAGAGUUGUUCUGGGAAGCGGACACAAAAACAUAAAAAGAAAACAUACAACACCAUCUAGGGGUCGUUUGCAUCGACGAGUUUGAUAAGAUGCGCAACGAUGACCGCGUCGCGAUCCACGAGGCCAUGGAGCAGCAGACCAUCUCCAUCGCGAAGGCCGGGAUCACCGUCGUGCUCAACACGCGGUGCUCCGUCUUGGCGGCCGCAAAUCCGAUCUACGGGACGUACGACGACCAAACCAGCACCGCGGAGCAGAUUGACUUUGCGUCCUCCAUUCUGUCCCGGUUCGAUUUGAUUUUCCUCAUCCGAGAUGUGCAGGAUGCAGCACGGGACUACGAGCUCGCCAAGCACGUGAUCCGGCUGCACGGGGUAUCAACUGCAAAAAUGUCUGGGUCUGGAAGAUUGCCAGGUUUGUCAUGCAUAUUUUGCAUGACCCAUGAUAUCUGUGAUGCAUGCCCUAACAUCACAUAUUUUUAGAGGAAUUCGCGAUGCAGCCUCUACCGCAUGACAAAUGCCCUCUCCAUCGCGUAGCAAAAAUUACAUUCCCUUUGCUGCUCAGGCAAUACAGUUUUUUUCGGAAUCCAAAUGCAGCAUCACAAGUUACAUCCUUCCAGACCCAGACACUUUUGCAAUCCAUAUGGGGCGAGCAAAAACAAUUUGGAAAACAUGAACUUCGUGAAUCCGCCCAUCAGCGGCGAAGACAUGAAGAAGUUCGUCACCUUCGCGAAGCGGCGGUGCGACCCGCGGCUGACGCAGGAGUCCGCACAGCAUCUAUGGAACUGUCAGGAUUGAAAUCGUCAAAGUUGAAAUAGUUUGUCAUGCAUAAAAUGCAAUGCAGAAAAUGCCUGUCUUGCAGAGUAGGCAAGGAAGGCAGAUUGUAAGCCUGUUUCGGGGUAGAAAUCGAGCUGCUAAAGUAGCAUGACAAAAGGCGUCCUCCUUACCCAAACAGCAUUACAAAUUGGCUUUCGACUCUACUCAAAUUUGUCAUGCGCCGCUGAGAAGUUGGGCUUGCAACUGGUAUCGAUUUUAUGCAUUACAAGUUAUUUCAACUUUGUCGAUUUCAACUCUGACACAUCCAUAGCAUCUGCAGGCAAACUACAUCAGCAUCCGACAAGCGAUGGCGGAGCAGAAAGCCACGGGGAACUCGGUAACGUUGCCGAUCACGGUGCGGCAGCUGGAGGCCAUUUCGCGCAUAGCGGAAUCCCAGGCAAGGAUGCAAUUGAUGGACCAGGUAGAAAAAUAUGAUCUGAUGUCGUAGAUUACGUUUUAUUUUUCGGAGCAAUAUCUUCAUUCAUGCUUGGGGUCUCUAUCCUUUAGCCGGAGCAGGAAGUGGCGGACGAACCAUCAUGAAAGAACAAGAAUCGUCGCGCACCAGGUCCAACCCUACCACGUGAAAGAGGCCUUCCGGCUGUUCAGCGCGGCUACGCUGGAGGCGAACGCCAACCGGCGAAACGCGGAGGUACAGGAACAUGAGAAAGAGGACGUCAAGAACUGCGAGAACCAAAUCACCGACCGCGUGGCGAUUGGCAGCAAGGUGAAAAGGGAAACGCUGUUGCGGUACCUGCAGGAACAGGGCGUGGACGACAAAAUCGCGAAAAAGACGAUCAUGGUGCUCAUCCAGCGCAUAUCUCAAGAAAAAGUGUUACAGUUACACACUGUGUUGCAAGACCGGCAACACAGACAGCCUUUCUCAUGCACGAAAUGCUUGGGAGGCUCGUUACCUUCCUGUUUUCCCUUAUGAUCAUCGCAUUGCAAGUUUUCUCUGCCACACAGAGAAAAUUUGUGAUGCAGAAACUCCAACA